GUCUAUAUCUGUGUACAUUUAGAGCAUGUGGUAAAAAUAUAUGUAAAAAGACUGAGUGCCUGUUUUUGUGUGUUUGUAUGCACUGUGUGCGCGAGUGCAACGUACAUGUGUGUGUAGAGACAUGGUAAUAGCAGCUCCAGGAACUCCUUGUGAAUCAGUCUUUCUUGCGUUGGCCAUGAGCCCCAUUCCCAUUGGCUGGUCUGGUGGGGGUUGGUGGGAUGAGGGUGGUAAGUGGCAAGAUAAAAGGAGCAAAUGUCUCUUGUCCUGCUUACACACACACACAAACACACUCACCACGUGCCUAGCUGUCGGUCUCUUUGUGGACGCUAAAGGAAGAGAUCCACUAUCCAAACACCGCUGCUGAAGCUGAAGCUCACCUGUAGAUUUGUACCAUGGACGCAGCAGAAUUUCGACGCAGAGGCAAAGAGAUGGUAGACUAUGUGGCCGACUACCUAGAAAACAUAGAGAAGCGACCCGUCUACCCAGAUUUGGAACCAGGAUAUCUUCGCUCUUUAAUCCCCAAUGAGGCACCACUGGAGCCUGAAAGCUACGAGGACAUUAUAAAAGACGUUGAGAGGGUCAUAAUGCCAGGGGUCACCCACUGGCACAGCCCGUACUUCUUUGCUUACUUUCCAGCAGCAUCCUCUUACCCUGCCAUGGUGGCCGACAUGCUUUGUGGAGCUAUUGGUUGCAUUGGAUUUUCCUGGGCUGCCAGCCCAGCUUGCACCGAGCUGGAGACAGUGAUGUUAGAUUGGCUUGGGAAGAUGCUUCAGCUGCCUGAGUGUUUUAUAGCUGGGACACAUGGCCGUGGAGGUGGUGUCAUUCAGGGAACUGCCAGUGAGGCCACCCUGAUGUCUUUGCUCGCUGCACGCUGUAAAGCAGUCAGACGGGUCCAGGCGAUCAAUGCCAAAAAAUCCGAGUCUGAAAUCCUUUCCAAGCUGGUGGCAUACACAUCUGACCAGGCUCAUUCUUCAGUGGAGCGUGCUGCUCUGAUUGGAGCAGUCAUGAUGAGGAAGGUGCCUACAGAUAACCAUUAUGCUGUCAGAAAGGAAAUGCUUAAGAAGAUGGUGGAGGAGGACAAAGCAGCUGGACUCAUCCCUUUCUAUUUCUGUGCAACGCUGGGCACCACUCCCUCCUGUGCUUUUGAUCACCUCACUGAGCUGGGGCCCUUAUGUAAUGAGGAAAAUAUGUGGAUGCACAUUGAUGCGGCGUAUGCUGGGAGCGCAUUCAUCUGCCCAGAAUUUAGACCUUUGUUGAACGGUGUUGAGUUUGCAGACUCUUUCAACUUCAACCCACACAAGUGGCUUUUAGUCAACUUUGACUGCUCUGCGAUGUGGGUGAAGGAGAGAGCAGACAUCAUUGGAGCCUUUAAAAUGGAACCCCUUUACCUGAAACAUGAAAACCAGGAAUCAGGACUGGUCACAGAUUAUCGGCACUGGCAGAUCCCACUGGGAAGGAGAUUUCGCUCACUGAAGAUGUGGUUUGUCUUUCGCAUGUAUGGGCUCAAAGGUCUGCAAGCUCAUAUACGCAAGCAAGUGGCCCUGGCCAAGGAGUUUGAGAGUCUGGUGCGAGCAGACAAGAGGUUUGAGAUCUGUGCUGAAGUUGUCCUGGGACUGGUCUGCUUCAGGCUCAAGGGCUCCAAUGAACUGAACCAAGAGUUGCUGAAAAGGAUCACCAAGAGCAGAGAGAUCCAUCUGGUGCCUUGUCAGCUCUCAGGCCGCUUUGUCCUGCGCUUUGCCAUCUGUGCACGCUCUACUGAGUCACAUCACAUCCAGCAAGCAUGGCAGCACAUCACGCAACUGACAUUUGAGCUUUUGCAGGAGGCCAGUCAUUAACCAAAACGCUGGAAAAGGGGUCGUCCACUCCGAUCCCUGAAUGACAACCAAAGUUGGGACUGAAGUUUGAUGGAGUUUUGCAGAUGUAAAAUGUCAUAAAGGCAAAGUGGAGUAAUUUAUCUAACAGGCAGUUCUCCUUCUGUCUGCAGCAAAGAAUCCAGUCCAGUUAACAGUGGUAAAUAUUACACUGUCACAAAUUAUGACAAAAAACAACAAAAACAUAUGCAGAGUUCCAAAAAUAACAUUUUAUAUCUGCAUUUUCUCCCUCUGUUGACUCCACGUUGUCUCUCACGGAUCACUAAUCAUGUUAUUGUCCACAUCACAGUGCACUUGUCUAUGCCGGUUCUGUGUCUUCUGUGUGUAAAACUUGUUUGGGGGUAAAUUCAGUGUUUCGUGUGGUUGAAUUGAGGCUAAAUUAUUUUGCAAAGAAUGUAUUGCGCACUUUGUGAAUUUCUGACUCAGUGUUUGUCUGCAACUUUUUUUUUUAGGUGCUCAUUCAGAAACUGCUUCCAAAUAUAUUAAUGAGUGAUACAUGGAGGGCUUCAUGAAGUGUCAGGCUAAAGAUUUCUAAUAUAAUAUCCUAGUGAUUAGGUUAAGUGCACUCACUUAUUUAUUAACUAAUUUGCAAAAGUAGUAUUUUUUUAAUAUACAACGGCAGAUUAGGGCUGAUUAUAUGUUAUUGAUUCAUAUUGUGUCUUAUGACAGCUGGCCAGUAUUCCCCAACAGCAGUACAAGACAAUCACUCAGUCACUGAAGUGAAAUUAUGCUCCUUUGAGGCUUUGUCGUACAUUCAAAUAAACUCAAUUUUCAUUACAUUUCUGUGCUCAGACAGAAAAAUAAUAUUAAGAUGAAAAUUUAAAACCUAAAUUAUGCAAAUGUAUUAAAUAUUCGCUCACUGUUUUCUGUGUAUCACUGAUUUGGCGUUUGUCUUUGAUUUGAAUGUACCAGAAAUAUAGGAUGCUUUAGAUUCCACACUUUAGUGUCCUGUUAUAUAUUUUCAAAACCUGGAGAUCUGAGACAAAUUUUCAUAAUGAUCAAAUGUAACUAAAUCCCCUGCCAAACCGUUAUUGUUUGCACUAACCUGACCCUUUACACCUGCCCUUUCAGGGGAUUUAGAAAUCUGUGCUCUGACGGCACCACGCAUUGCUGUAAUUUCAGAUGAUUGUGCUAACGUCAGUGGCUGUGUCUGACCCAAGUGUUUCCUCAUUGGCUAGACUGUGCUGCAUGGAGUGAUAUGGUUUAUUUGAAUAAAGUCUGC